GCACACCUUUUGUGGUGUAUCCCGAGGGAGGUCGCAGCUUGGCGCCGGAUGUAUUUGGACUUUCAGUUAGCGCGGUGACGGCAGCUGAGCCGUUCGAUAGCGUUUUGCACGUAAGGCUUACGGAAAAAUAAAACGACACAGUGUGUUUUGAUAAAAUAAUUUUUAAACUAUAAAAUUGUACCUGCAGUGUUGUUGAUAUUAAAAAAAAAAUCAUCAUUUUCCCCUAGUUUGCAGUGUAGGCCAACAAGUGCUUAAAAUACAGCAGUCGAUUAUUUUGAAUUAAUAUUCUUAAUUGGAAAAAAAUCAACUACGGUAUGGAUUACAUAAGAGAAUUUGACAUAAGAUUAGACAAGGAAAUGUUUUACGCAGGAGAAAUUCUGGAAGGCCACGUGGUUCUAGACACAAUUGAAAACUUCAAAUUGAAAACCGUUCGUAUCGUCCUCAGGGGUAAGGCCCACGCGGAGUGGCAAGUGUUGGUCAGCGGUGAUCGUUCAGCUAUCAAAGACGAUCAAUACUUCAUCGACAAUCGUUCGCUAAUCUUCGGAAAAGUAGACCGGCAAGAAGGUCCCGCUCCGAUACUGCCGCGCGGAAUUCACCACUUCCCGUUCAAGUUUCAACUUCCUCAGAGCUCGCUGCCUUGUUCGUUCGAAAGCAAACCCGGAUACGUCAGAUACUACAUCAAGGUCACUCUCGAUAUACCGUACGCGUCUCCUCCACAAGGCAUGAAGUACUUCACCAUUAUAGGACCACAUAUUGACUGCAUGGACGAUCAAUAUCUGAAGCCAAUUGGUGCGCUGGAAAAACGGACUAAAUGCUGUUUGUGCUGCAAAAGCAACAGAGUGGUAUUGCAGUGCUUACUUGAAAGGUCGGCGUACGUAUGCGGCGAGGCACUGAGGUUAAAAGCCAACAUAAAAAAUCAAAACGAAAAGGACAUCAGGCUGAAAGUCAGGUUACUGCAGAACGUACACUAUUCGGUGGAACGAGGUAUGUUGGGCGUCCAAAAUCAAAAGGACGUCCAACAUUCGGUCUUGGAGUACAUCGGCGAGCCGAUACGCACAGGAUGCGAAUCGCAAUGGGAUUCUGCCGACGGUCUGGUCCUGCCAGUGAUGCCGCCUACAUUGAUCGGCAACUGCAGGCUGUUACAAAUAUAUUACGUACUCAAGGUCUGCGUGGAUUUGGGUAAGGGAGACGAAGACCUCAACAUAACGUUUCCGAUAACAAUAGCCACUGUGCCAUUCAGGAUACCAAACUGUAACAAGACUCCUCAAAUAUAUUACAGUGUCGCGUGCGAUCACGUGGAGGGCGGUAGGUACAUUGGGCCGGAGUUUUUGCUCGGCGGUCACGUUUACGACGGGUCGCAGACCGAGCAGAUCGUCCUGUACCGGCCGGUGUACGUGAGCGUACGUCAGCCGAAUUGCAACUCGACGUCGGCGGCGGCCACGGCGGUAUCGACAGCGACGAGCACGGCGACGACCACCACGACCACGACGACCACGUGAACGAAUGCAAAUCCACGACGACGCGUUUUCGAUUCAUAUAUUAUUAAUAUAAUAUUAUUAUUUUA